GGCAGAAGCGGCUUCGAUACACCGAAAAGUAUUUCCGGUUACCGCUACCAAAACAACUUUGAUGGUGACUUUCAAUAGAUUCUUGUUCAAUUCAGGAAAAAAUAACUCGUUGUAUGUUUGAAAAUGAACACCAGGCUGAAGAACUGGAAGGAGGCGGCCACUCUUAUUUUAGCUGCGGGUCACAAGCUUGGCGCGGAGGGUUUAUCGCCACCUCACCGCUUUGACUACAAUGUUCUACUACUUAAACGAAGCCACAAAAGUGGAUUCAUGCCUAAUGCGUAUGUGUUCCCUGGAGGCAUGGCGGACUCUUCCGACUUCUCCAGCGACUGGCUGGACGUUUUUAAAGCUUUUACCAACUCUCCAUAUUUCGGUUUAAAGAGCGUCCAACAACCUCAUGACACCAGACCUCCAAUGUUUGCGACGGACAGGCUGAAAUUGGGCUCUCCUAUCCCGGGAGAAGUCGCCUUUCGAAUCUGCGCCUUAAGGGAGACCUUCGAGGAGUCAGGAGUGUUGUUGUUUGUGUCCAAAGACGAGGAGAUGACUUUGUUAAAGAGCCUUGAGGACAGACGCACCACAGAUGAAGUCAAGCACUAUAAAGUCAACGAGCUGUGCAGCAGUGAGCUGAGCAGGUGGAGGACUCUUGUCAACCAGAACCCGUCUAACUUCAUCACAAUGUGCAGGGAGCUGCAGGUGCUGCCCAACAUCUGGGCCUUACACGAGUGGGCCAACUGGCUGACCCCAGAACGUCGAUACGGCGUGAAGAGGUUCGACACAGCCUUCUUCAUCUGCUGCCUGCAGGACACACCUCACACCCUGCAGGACGAUAAGGAAAUUGAGCGCUUUCAGUGGUCAACGCCUCCUGAUGUCCUGCGGAGCUACCAGGCGCGCGAGCUGUGGAUCGCCCCCCCUCAGUUCUACGAGCUGAGUCGCAUGUGUCGCUUCCCUUCGCUGAGCGACCUUCAGAAUUUCGCUCGGCAGCGUUCCUCGGACGGCUGUGAGCACUGGCUGCCAGUUGUCUUCCAACAGGACGACAGCUACUUAUCAGUGUUGCCAGGAGACCGAUUGUACCCAUCAAACAGUUCUGAAGGGAGGACAGUAGAAACGAGCUUAGACCAGGAAAGUUCAGAGACAGCUCUGCAUCGCUUCCUGAUCUCUGACCCCUACGGUACACGCCUGCAGAUCAACAUCACACCAAAAUACAACCACCUGAUGCCUCUUGUCGGCCCCUUUGAUCCCAGCGCUGAACUUUGACCUGCUCCACAGCCCGCCUCCGUGAGCACACAUGAACAAUUACAUUGACAAAUGAUAAACAUAUUAAAUAUGUCAAAUUCCAAAUUGUACAACAUAACUCAGAGUAUGUUAUGAAACUUAAAUUAAUUCAUUAAUGAUGUACAGUACAUUCAAUUUAACACUAACAACUAUUUGCUUUGACACCUUUAAAUUAAAAAUACAAUCUUUUUUGUCAAAUAGUUUAGCAUAUUAUAAUGAGGGACAAGGGGUAGAAAGUGGAUGGAUAAGGUAAAUUAAAUGUGUUUUAGAAACUUUAGUGUAGAAAUGUAUCGAAGUGGCCCUCUGUGAAAAAUGUUUGGACACUCCUGAAUUGGAGGUUACUGUACAUUGCAUCCAUUAAAGAAGAACUGCACUUUUUGGGAAAUUUGCCUAUCGUUCACAACCAUGAGAGACAAGAACACACAUUUAUUUUUUAGGAUUUUAAAGAUGAUGAUAAAAACACUUGAAAUAUGCAGCUAAUGGGACUCACUGUCGUAGCCUUCAAAGCCCUCUAAAACAAAUUCAAAUCCUCCAUCAAAGUUUUGUGUAUACACUGCAAGUAUAUAUAUAAUGUAGUAACAGACAAGUUCAUAACAAUAUGUAAUAUGUACAAUAUUUACCAUAUUUUGGUCAUUUUAGUCAUUGCCGGGUGCGUGCCAGGUGACACCCAUCUCCCUUAGGUCUUCCCUGGCUGUCUGUCUCCACGUCUUCUUCGGCCUCCCUCUCUUCCUUAUUCCAUCUUCUGGCAUCCAGUCCAUUGCCACACUUGCCGGUCUUUCUCCUGGCAGUCGUAGUAUGUGCCCCAUAAUUCUCCUUCUCCUUUCGGAGACAAUGUCAGACAGUGCUGCUACACCUGCCCUUCUCAUCCCUUCUCAUCACCUCCUCGUUGGAGAUGUGGUCUCUCCAGGAGAUCUUCAGGAUGGAUCUGAGGCAUCGUCGGUGGAAGACCUCCAGCUUGUUAGUGAUACUGGUUGUCUUGAUCCACGUCUCACAGGCGUAGGUUGCUGUUGGUAUGACCACUGACAUGUAGAGGCGUAGCUUAAUGGCUGUUGUGAUGGCUUUGGACGACCAGAUGUUUCGGAGCCAUUGGAACACUCCUGCAGCUUUGCCAAUUCUGUGAUUGACGUCUUUCUCCACAACUCCUGUACUUGAGAUGUUACUUCCAAGAUAGGUGAAGUCGUCAACAUACUCUAUCAUGUUCGUCUAUAGUGGGUGGUGGAAAGUGUUGUAUUUGUCCAAAGGCCAUGGACUUGGUCUUUUCUUGGCUUAUCCGUAGUCCGACUUGUUCUCCGUGCUCAUGGAGAUUGUUGGUCAUCUCUCGGAGCAAGAAGAGCCGCCAGAGACCGGAGAAAAUGGAGGGGACUUGUCGCCCAAUGUUCCAAUAGGAACGGGAGGAACUAAGUCUAAUCAUUGCCGGAACUCAUUUAUAUCCGUUUCCAAAGCAACGCACGUCUGACUUCUGGCAACAAAUGUGUGCCCUAUUUCCGGAAACAAACAAGAGUGUGUUUUCUAAUCAUGGCAGACUUGGAAAUAGACAACGAAGACGAUUAUUUUUGGACAAAUGAGAAUUUACAACCUUAUCUUUUUUAAGCUGACUGUGUGGAUGAUAAUCUGCUGCUUAUAGAAGCCAGCACGAAAGACGAGUGAGACGUUGGAGCAAACGCAAGCCAAGAGAGUGACAGGAAAGUAACUUUGGCGCUCUAAAUGUGAAACUUGACCCAUGCUAGUUCGGCAUAAUUGGAGUGCUUUUACCUAAAUAAACCGGAAAAUAUGUCCCCCGCCAUCUUGACCAAACAGACAACUGUCCAUCACUUAAAUGUUGUACAUGAUACAUGCGCGUUGUUAAAACUACAGUGCACACGCUGUCUGGCUAUCUUUGCACAAACAAAACAUGAAAUAUGGGCUAAUACUUUACAGAUACUGUAAUAUGAUUAUUAAUGUUUUUCAGUCAGUACUGAUUGGUGUUCUAUCGGAUUGUGUUGUGCAU